AUGGACUUCGGUACCUCUCCCACCGACUCGACCGCUUCGGUUGAGAUCAACGACGCGCUCUUCUGCGAGCACGGCAAGGAGGUCUGCGAGCCCUGCGGCUUUGACGGGCGUGAGGACAACGACGCGGUUAUGGGCUACGACCCCGCUCCCCGCGCUCCCCUCGACAUCCCCUCGUACUACCGCAACGCCAAGGACCAGCAGAUCGUCUGCAAGGCUCACGCUAAUGUCGAUUGCAAGCAAUGCUUCAACUGGAAGAAGCAGGCAAGUAUCCAGAGUCCCCACCUCAUCUCCAAGCUCCACAAGGAGGGCAAGAAGAUGGCCAAGGCCAACAAGAAGCCCGAGUCCAACUGGUAA